AUGGCUUCGUCCUUCUCCAGGGCCUCGAAUCGUCGAAGCGCAAACAUCAGCGGGACCAGGUCCCGACUGUCAACCAGUCUGGCCGAGGACUAUGUGGAGACCCCACCAUAUCACGAGGACGUACCGCCCAAGGAGUUUGAGGAAGCAAUGGAUGAUAGGAGUACGGAACGAACCUCCAAACUACUCAGAAGAGAUCUCAGUACCACCGAACGGCGGAAUGAGAAGAGGAGCGUGGUCACGAGAGAAAAGGUAGUACGAAGGAGUCCUGUCAAAGACUCGAGCAGUGCUGGCAAUAGAGUGGAUGACGGCCGACAGCGGGAUGUUGUGGAGAGUCCAAAGUUUCGGAGGAAACAGAGGGACACGGGAGAGCCGACCAGUCCAUGGAGUCCACAAGCUACCUUAGUACCUCAUUCCUCUGCUCCUCUUGCGAGUCGCAUAUCUGCACCGCCGGUAUCCUCUGUCGCCCCCAGAACUCUCCUCCCGAAACCAUUCCAAGAUAUGCCAAUGCAGGAACAAGAAAGCGUGCUAUUAGACGAUCUUCUUUAUGUAUUCAUGGGCUAUGAAGGACAAUAUGUACGAUUUACAGACUCAUACAACCCAACGGAGGAGAAAGCGAAGCUGGCUGGGCCGGACUUUCGCAUACUUCCGGGUCUUGAUCCCAGUCUGAAGGAUUUGGCGACGUCCAUGCUGAAGAUGGCAACUCAUUACUCGGCUAUAGAAGCAUUUGUUGAGGCUCAGAGCCGAGAAGAAUUCGGUUCCGUCAACCACGCUCUGUGCGCCGCGAUCCGAAAGCUGCUCAAGGAUUACCUGAUCCUCGUGGCGCAAUUGGAAUGGAAAGUGAUCAGCGAUCAGUCCUUCACCUUGCAUCAAAUGCACCUGCAUGUCAUACCCACGGCGCAAAGUUUGGCACAUCUGUACGCGCUAGCGCAAGAGCUGCUAAAGAAGAAUUCGUUGCUUGAGGAGGACCUAGACGAGUCUAUUGACGAUUUUGACGACGCUGAUAAUAUCUUGGAAAGACUACGAGAGGGAGGGGAUUUGCUACCUGGGAGCAUGACCAAGAAAGGAUGUAUAGGCGGCAAUGUGCUAGCACUCCUGACGCAGAGACUGGAGACGUAUUCCGGCGAUCCUUCUGCCAGAACUCUACUGGAGAUGCUGCUACGUGAAGCAAGUCGGCCCUAUGUAAGCAUGCUGAAUGAGUGGCUGCAUCAUGGUGGCAUCAAAGACCCACAUUCGGAGUUUCUGAUCGGUGAACGUUCUGGCAUUAAGCGAGAACGAAUGGACGAGGAUUACACAGACGAGUACUGGGAGAAGAGGUAUUAUAUCAGAGAUCGAGAAGUCCCUACUCAGCUUGAAGCGGUCAAGGAAAAGAUCCUCCUCGCAGGCAAAUACCUCAACGUUGUCCGAGAAUGUGGCGGCGUCAACAUCAGCAAGAAAAUCACCAAUAUUCCACAAACCUUCUCAGAUCCGCAAUUUCUCGACAAUGUCAAUACCGCUUAUUCUCACGCCAAUUCCUCCCUCCUCUCUCUUCUACUGACGGAGAACUCCCUCCGGAGCCGUCUCCGCUCCCUCAAACAUUACUUCUUUCUUGACCGUGCCGAGUUCUUCCUAUACUUCCUCGAACUUUCCAGCUCCGAACUCCGCAAACCGAAUAAAAGCGUCAACAUUGGGAAACUACAAUCUCUUCUUGACCUGGUGCUACGUCAGCCAGGCAGUAUUGCGGCCGCCGACCCUUUCAAAGAAGAUGUAAGAGUCAAGAUGAAUGAAAUCAGCUUGACCCAAUGGCUGAUGAAAAUCGUCAUGGUCCAAGGUAUCGACCAAGACAACCAGGACUCCAUGGUGGAGAGAUACCAGGCCACUCCGGCCCCAAGCGUGACCAAAGAAGAUGACAAAGAGAUCAACGGCUUCGAUGCCCUUGAAAUCGACUACACCGUCCCUUUCCCCCUCAGCCUCGUUAUUUCCCGUAAGACAGUUCUCCGCUACCAACUCCUGUUCCGCUACACCCUCGCCCUCCGCCAUCUCGAAACUAUGCUCGUAGACUGCUGGUCCGAGCACACCAAGACCCAGUCCUGGAUCCACAAAUCCUCCUCGCCACGGAUCGAGAUCUGGAAACGCCGAGCCUGGACCCUCCGGGCGCGAAUGCUCGUCUUCGUGCAACAGAUGCUCUUCUUCGCCACCACCGAAGUCAUCGAGCCGAACUGGCAAAAAUUGAUGGCCAAAGUCGAUGAAGCAAAGGCGCCUGACGACUUGUCGCAUCAAACCUCACAGCAGGAGCAGCAGCCGCCAGCGUUGCCCUCAUCAAGCACUACUACGAAAACGAAAAGAACAGUAGACGAACUGAUGCAAGACCACCUCGACAUGCUGGACAGCUGCAUGAAAGACCUCGGCCUGACGCAGGGGAAACUGCUCAAGAUCCACGCCAAGCUCAUGAUGGGCUGCACCAUGUUCGCGACAUAUACCUCCAGCCUCUCCCGUUCUCUGUACGCCGCCGAUCCGGAUCUCACAAAUCCCAAUACCACCACAAUCACCACCAACCACGCAGCCGAACCAAACAAAACCACCACCACCACUGCUGCCGCUGCAGCAGCUACAGCCCCCAAUACCUACCCCGAACGCGAAUGCAGAGUCCGAUCCCUCCCGCCUCGUGCGCAUGGACGAAACCCUCAAGAAAUACGAGGACCACUUCAAUCGCCACCUCAAGAUCUUGAUCGACAUGGUUGUAAGGAAAAGACGGACAGCGAGACCCAGAUCAAGUCGCUUGCCACUGCGGAUCCAGAUGAAUCAUUCGUCAGAAGGGGCCCUGAACAGCUAGGCAGACCACGAUUAGAGGCAUCGAUGGCUGCUUCCGCUGCCACGUCAGAUCCAGUGGACGUUUUCAAUCAAGGAUCCAAACGGAGUCAAGGACUCGGGCAGGAAAACGGUCUUGAAUUUUGCGGGUGGGAAGAGAAUUCCUCCUGCACCACCGCAUAA